AUGGCGGAUGAAAGCACAUCUGGUAGGGUUACAAGAGCUUCUGCUGAGAAAUUUGUUGCUGAAAGGAGAUCUAAGAAAAUCCAUGAUCCUUCCAGAAUCAGAAUUCCUUCAACUGCCUCUAAAUUCCUGGUUAAACGUCCCCCCACUCAACUGAUACGUUAUGCUUCAUAUAUGAACCAUAACAUUAAAGAUGAGUUGAAGGAAAAACUGACAGAUAGACAAUUCAAGCUAUUUUCCAAAACUGUUUUUGGAAAAUAUAUGCAGAUGCAAGUUGACACCGAGGUGCAGGGUCAGUUAUUUAGGUGUUUUAUGGUUAGGGAGUUGAAGCGUAGUAAUAGUGAUGCGUUUGUUAUCGAUAUUAACGGGACGAAAUUGACAUUCGGUCUUUUUGAAUUUGCUUUAAUUACUGGUUUGAAGUGUUACGGGGAUGAAGUUGUUUUUGACGAGGGUUCUAACAUAUUGUUGGAUCAAUAUUUCGGUGGUUCUGGUAAUAGUGUUUUAAAGAUGACUUUAAAUAAGUGCUUUGAAGACAAGGAUUGGGGUGUUGGUGAUAACGCAGAUGAAGAUGCUGUAAAGAUUGCUAUCCUGUAUUUCAUUCAUAAUUACAUACUUUCAAGUGAAAAGAGGAACGUCACUGUCCCAAGACAUCAUUUUGACUUGGUGGAGAGUGAACAGUACAAUGAACAUACUUGGGUGUGGAUAUAUGAGUGUUGCUCUAAUGUUGACCCUAAUUUAAUGGUUAAAACCGGAAGCCGAAUCCCAAGAAUGUUUAAUUGGAGAACAGUGAACCCAAAGCCAUCUGUUAACUACUUGAUGUUGGGCAUGUUUAAGGACGGUGAGGACAUUAGUUGUAAAUUCAACAACAUUGUUCCGACCAUAUCAGAGGUUGAGAAGCUUGGUCUGCGUGCAUAUCUGGUCAACAGACGUGCACCACCACCCCAAACACACCAAGAGGAGGAAAAUGAAUAUGCUGAUUUUACCACAACACCUCCCCAUGUUGCCGCUGCCAAGAAAACUCAAAAGAACGAUGCUUCAAAAUCUCCACCGCACAAGAAGCCCAGGAAGAUGUCGACGGCAGCAUUGCUUGUGCAGAAGUCACCAACCACUAUCCCAAAAAAACCUACAGUUGGACAAUCAUCUAAAAAAUCUGCUUCGGUGGAAAAAGAAAAAGCUGCUGCAACUGUCCACCGCGUUCCUGUUGACGACGUAUCCACCAGCAAAUCAGUUGACCUCACAAGUUUGAGGCAGGAACUUAAUCAAUUUAAGCAGGAAGUGCUUGCUGAAUUCAAGGUUGUUUUUACUGAGCUCAAGGAUCUUCGCAAAACUAUUGAUAAAAUUUUCAAAAAGGUUUUGGAACAUGUCAAAGGGAAACAAAACUCAGAAAAGGAUGAUGAUAGUAAAACUCAUGUUCCUUUACAUGAUGGCAACAUACAUCAACAAGUUGAUGAUUACAUGGACCAUGGUGACGAUAUUCACAUGGAGACUGAUACGGGUGAUGUGCAUCCAACAGAGGAGAAGGGUCUUGCACCGGAUAUUCAAGUAGGUAUUGGCAAUGAUAGCGGCGAUACGCUGAAAGCUUCAACCGAAGAGAUUGCGGAAGGAGGUGAUCAUUCAAGAGAACCGAAGACUUCGGUUGAACGUCUGGUGGAUCCAACAGAGGAAAAGGGUAUUGCACCGGAUAUUCAAGUUGAUAUUGGCAAUGAGAGCGGCGAUACGAUGGAAGCUUCAACCGAAGAGAUUGCAGAAGGAGGUGAUCUUUCAGGAGAACCGAAGACUUCGGUUGAACGUUCGGGGAAACAUACAACGGAAGAGAAAAAAUGUUCUGAUGAUUCAAAUAAUUCUGAGAUGAUCGCACAGGUGCUAGCAAAUAUAGCAGAAUCAGAAAUGACUAACGAACAAGUUCACGCAGAAAAAACCGAGGAAAACACCAGCUCAACUGUCUUAGAGGAACCCCAGGCAGCAGUUUGUAACGCGCAGCCAUUGUCUCAGUGGUUGUUGCCUGAUGAGUAUUUACCAAGCCAAACCCCAGGGAAAGAAAUCAUGUUACAUCCAUCAGUCACACGAGCUACACGCCCCAGUAGUAGUUCGGGCAAGAAUCAUGUACAUUGGUUUGACAAAAAAUAUCCAUUCCAGAUAGAUCCCAUUACUGGUCCACUUGAUGUACAGAUGGUGGAUGUAUACCGUACUUGGCUCCGAAACGAAAGAACAACGAAGACCAUUACAAAAAAAAUGGCAGUUUUUGACAAUGGAGUCAAAUUCAAUUUUGGCAUCACAACUGUCAAUGAUAAGAACUGGUUUUACCUGUUAUCGAUGGAUGGUCAGCUUUGGAAUGACGAGCACAUUGACGUCAUUUUCUAUUACUUUCGGAAGAAAGGAAAGUACGAUAAAAGGAACAAUUUCAGCUUCACCAUUGUUGACUGCCUAUUCAAGCAGAGAAUUGAUGUGGUCCACCACGCAUAUCGCAAUGUUGAAACACAGACAAAUGUGGCAAAUGAAGAGCAAGAUAUAACAGUUAAGGGCCACAGGCUUAUUGCCAAUGUCCUGUGGCAUACCGUUGACAACGUGCUAAUACCGGUGAAUAUACAAGAAGAAAAUCAUUGGUUAUUGGUACUCCUUUCAUUCAAGGACAGGCGUCUGUAUGUUUACAACUCGUAUCAAUCAGCCGGGCACAACGCAGCUGUUAGGAAUGAAAUUAAAAAGCUUGCUACACAGCUGCCACAUUUCCUACAUCUGGCUGGAUUCUAUGUAAAUCAAAAAAGCAUAGAUUUGGUGAAAGACCCAGCAUAUGCGGAUAAGGGACAGAUCGAUAUCCUUGAAGUUGUCUAUGUUGAUAAUCUUCCGCAUCAAACUGCUGGUAGCACGGACUGUGGUGUUUUUGUGGCAGCGUAUGCUGAGUAUUUGACAUCGGGUGAAAGGAUUCUAGAUGUCAUUGAUGCACACAUGCAGCGUAUGAGAUACGGUGCACUCUUAUGGGACUGCGCUGAAGGCAAGGUUGCUGACAAUGCAAAGAGUGAUAAUGAAGUUCCACCAAGACCGAUUAGGCCAGCAAUCGAUUACGACACUGUAGAUGCAAUUGAUGUUUGA